AUGGGUUCUACCGAUUCGUCCAAUCUUCCUUACAUUCAGUCCAGUCCGAAGAUCAUUUUCUUUACCGAUUUUGACGGGACAAUCACAUUGAAAGACAGCAAUGACUUCUUGACCGAUAACCUAGGAUACGGCCAGGUCAAACGGAAACAAGGCAACGAGGAUGUCCUCACAGGCAAAUCGUCUUUCCGAGAUUCCUUCCGCGAAAUGUUGGACAGUGUCAAGCCCGGUUUCGCCGAGUGCAUCCAGAUCUUAAAGGAAAACAUGAAAUUGGAUCCAUACUUCGAAGAAUUCUAUAAUUGGGCCAAGGAAAACAACGUACCCAUUGUUGUUUUGUCUUCGGGGAUGGUUCCGAUCAUUAGCGGAUUGUUCGAGGAGUUGCUUGGCCAUAAGCCGGAUCCUAAGCAUUUGGCUAUUGUGGCCAACGACGUCGAGAGUCGGGAUGGCAAGGACAUUAACACUCCUGGAGGUUGGCAGAUCAAGUACCACGAUGACAGCCACUUCGGUCAUAACAAAUCACUCGAGAUCAAGCCAUAUGCUGCCCUGCCGGCUGAUAAGCGUCCUAUACUCUUGUAUGCUGGUGACGGUGUGUCUGACUUGUCCGCUGCGGCCGAGACUGACCUUCUCUUCGCCAAGAAGGGACACGACUUGAUUCGGUUCUGCGAGCGCGAGGGAAUGCCGUUCACCGUCUUCGAGGACUGGUCCACAAUUCUUGCCACUACCAAGGACAUCUACAACGGCAAGGUUUCCGUCGAAAAUGUUGCAAAACAAGGGCUAGAGAAGGUGCAAGCCGGAGAAGCUGGGCUUUAG